AACCACCAACAACAACAUUGGCAACCAAAAAUAAUGCAGCCACAUUACCAACAACAGCAACAUUGGCAACCAAGGAUAAUGCAGCCACAUUACCAACAACAACAUUGGCAGCCGAGAAUUGUACAACCAAAUUUGCAGCAACAAGAAUCGCAACAACCUUACUACAAGCCUCAGCAACCACAAACCAGACAACAGCCUCCAACAUCAUAUCAACAAAAGCAUGAAUCAAUGGAUGUUAAUGCAUCUCAACAAUCAAAAAGGCAGACACACUACCAGGAGCAGAAAUCAUGUAAGAAUUUAGAAAGUAUUAACAAUAAAAUAGAUAUAAGCGAAGAUGAUUUGUAUCAAGACAAUGUAUAUCAGGAUAAUAAAGAAGAUCAAUACAGUUCUGAGUAUGAGUAUGGUACUAAUGAAAAUUUUGAAGCCAAAGCGGAAAAUUUUCGGUUAGUUCCUUACAAGGAGCCACCGGACUUCCCUAUAUUAUACUCAAAGGAAGAUCAAGGAAAACAAGAUUAUUAAUUGACACGGGUUCCACAGAAAAUCUAAUAUGUAAAGAUCAUUGUCCCCCACAAUAUAUAAAAAAUUCUCACACUCCAAUAUACAUUAAAGCUGCAGCAGGGGUCAUUACGGUUGAACGCAAUGCCCAUUUUUCAAAAAAUUCUAUUAAGAUUCCCCUUAAUUCAGGUACAACAUUUAGGGUGUAUACCUUUCACAAAUUCUUCGACAUUACAAGAAAAUUGUUCUGUAAUUAGUUAUAGGAAAAAAGAAGUAAGUAUUA